CAGUGGCUCUUGGACAUUCAACAACCACUUGCUCAUUCUGCAGAAGGUGGAUAAAGGCGUUGAUCCUAUUUAGCUUCUAGAAUUUCAGUUGAAUUCCAGGUCCAGAUGCAUGACAUGCCGACAGAGUCUAUAGUGAAGACAAUGGCGAAGCAGCUGGGACAUUCCAUUGGCACCUAUAUUAAAUAUGAUCUUAAUAAUAAUAAUCUCAUUAUGGUUGAAUCGAUUUCCAGAAAGUAUUUUGCUCAACCUAGUAGCAUCAAUCUCGGACCAUCCACCCAUAUUUCUUUGAACGGUUAGCUUCCCUACCAUAAAUACGUAGCUCAUUUUCGGUUUGAGAAUACUUAAAAUUUGGAUUUGGAUCUUCCUAAAGUUGUCCGUUAGGAUGGGAAUCUUGCAACUCAGUAAUAUCAUUAAUAAAAUACAAGCACCUGUUUGACAGACUUUCAAAUGGGGUGUGGAUAUCAGGAAUUAUUUUCACACAAAAAUCCGAAAACAUUAGUAGGAAAUAUCGGGUUUGUGAGGGAUCAGACUGGGAUGGCUCUGAUUAUCGCAGGGAUAUAUACAGUCAAGAAGGAACUAAACCAUGUUCUUGAACAUGAAAAGGCAUUCUGGAAAGAAAGGUUCAACUCUUUUUAUUUGCGAAGGCCUCUCUGCUCUUUUUCGAAGGGUUGAGUCUCAAAGUGCUAUCAUGGGUGUCAGCUUAAUAGCCAUGCCCCUUGGAUUUCUCAUUUAUUGUUUGCAGAUUACAUCUAUUUUUACUUCUGAUCCUCUAAGAAUGAAGCACAGGUUGGUAAAAAUAUCUUUUAUUCCUAUGAACUAGCUUCGAGGCAGGUUCGAGAAUUUUCUUAGUAAUAAUAUUGAUCCGUUAUUGCAAAAGAACAUUUCUGAUAUUCUACAGGUCUCUACUACUCUUAAUCAUGGCUGUUACUUGGGAGUACCUCUUUUAUCGAAAGGAUUAAACAAGCAAUUUUCUCCUAUUUGGAGGAUAAGCUUCGCAAUUAAUUCAAAUUUGGAAAUUUUGGUUUCUCCUAUUUAUUUAUUUUUCUCUUUUUCUUAUAUUAUUUUGAAUUUGAAGGGAAAUUAAAAAGAAAUUUUCAGGACUUUUUUUAUAAAAGAGGUGUAAGACAAAUUCUAUGCAAAAGGGGGAGAGUGUCAGGGAGACGAAGGAUGAGAGAAAGCGUCGUGCAGGGUGGUGGUGUAGUCGGUGUUUAGAAGUGGUUGGUGGUGGCUACGGAACAUGUGCAUUUACAAUUCAGUGCCUACAAAUACGAACUAGAAACUUACCUAUGCAAGGACAUUUAAGUAAAUUCAACUCCAUACAGAUAACCACAAACCCUAUUCCCAAAAAACCGUUUCAGUUCAAAUCGAAACACUCUCCUAUUCUUUCUCACACUGUCUCGCAUUGCCUCAAAAACCGUCCAAACUGCACCUACAAAUGCAAACCUCUCCUCCAAUUUACCACUUUUUUUUCUAUUUUCUUUACUUAGACGAAAAAAUGACUAUCAAGAACACAGAAUCCGACCCAGAUUUCUAUUUUCCAUCUUCUUCUUCAAUUCCUAUCACAACCCAUUACAAGAAACUGCGUAAAAAACGCACCAAAUCAUUACACAUAGAGUCCCAUUUGAUUCCUUCUACUGUUAUUAAGCCAAAAAGUUACAGCAAGAAACCUGACCCAUCUGCUCCUAAAAUCACAGAGCCAUGUACGGAGUGUGGAAAGAGGUUUUGGUCAUGGAAAGCACUAUUUGGCCACAUGAGGUGUCAUCCUGAACGACAAUGGCGUGGUAUUAAUCCACCACCUAAGUAUCAAAGGCCCAAUUUGCAAAUUGAACAAUUGGGGAACGCUAAUGAAGCUAUAAUGACUGCAGAGGAUCAUGAAGUGGCUGCUUGUUUGUUAUUAUUGGCUAAUAGUGAAAGUGGAACAAUACUAGAAACUGCUUCUGCAGGUUGUAGUCAUUCUCAAGUUCAAAAUGACAUGGUUAAUUGUCGUUUUGAGUGUUCUAGUUGCAAGAAAGUAUUUGGUUCCCACCAAGCAUUAGGAGGCCAUAGGGCUAGUCACAAGAAUGUGAAGGGCUGUUUUGCAAUUACUAGAAGUAGUGAUGGUUGUGAGAUGGUUGAUGAGGAAAAUAGUGGCGAUGUGAAGGAGAUAAGUGACAAUAAUUUGGAGGAUAACAGUAUAAACAAUAAAGCAUUAAUGGUUUUAGGUCACAAAUGCAGUAUCUGUUUAAGGGUUUUUUCUAGCGGGCAAGCAUUAGGCGGACACAAGAGAUGCCAUUGGGAGAAAUUAGAAGACACAGCUUCUUUAUCAAUGAAUAAUCAAGGCAAAGAAGGUUUUGGGUUAGACCUAAAUUUGCCUGCCCCAGUUGAAGAAGAAUCAUCCUCUUCUUAUUCUUCAAGCUUUACCCUAGAUUUGAGAUUGGGUCUUUGAAGGAGAAGAUACAUAAUGGGGUCUUUCUUUUUUCUUUAUUUUGAUUUGGUUGCAAAAAGUUGUAUGUGAUUACUUGUAGGAUUACUUGUAUUCUAUUGUUAGUGUUAGUGUAUGAACUCUUGUAUGAAAUAUUGUUAUUGAUGCUCCAAAAUUGGGAAGCAUAAAUUGCAUAUAUAAACAUAUGUGUGGGUGUUUUCGUGUUACAUAUAUAGUGAAAAGUUUGUUAAAAACACUCAGCUUUUGAUUGUUCAUAAAUUACAGUUGUUUAUGUAUUAAGACUGGUGAAUCAUUUUAUAUUA